UUCACUUGUCACCACUCGCCAGUCGCCAGCAUCUACGGCAAACAUAAAUUGAUUUCUACGAACUGAUUCCGGGCUCCCGAUUUUGUGCAUGAUAAACCCUAAUUCCGAAGUUGCGGCAAGGAAAGUAGAGGAUAGUUACGAGCACUUCAGCUGUUCAUUCUCCUGGCAAUGGAUUACUUGAAAUCUGUUGUUCCGUCUCAACUUGUGUCCGAACGAGGUUCGAACCUUGUUGUCAUAAACCCAGGGUCUGCAAAUGUAAGAAUAGGACUGGCAAAGCAGGACACACCCUUUAGUGUUCCUCACUGUAUUGCUCGACGCACCUCACAAGUCGGGAAACCGAAUGUUCAAGACCAGAUGCUUAAUACUCAAGUUACAACAAGUCAACAUGUUGAGCGUGAGAAGGCAUACAAUACUGUGGCAUCUCUGUUGAAGAUACCGUUCCUGGAUGAAAAUGCUUCUUUUGGUUCUGCACCACGUAAGAUGGCACGGAUCGAUGGGUACAAUCAACCAACUACCAGGAAAGAUGUAGCUUAUACUUGGGCUAAUGUGUAUGAGGAUGAUCUUUGCUCACCUACCACAUCAGCAACUGUAGCUGAUGAAAGCGAGACCAGCGAGCUGAUGGUUGAAUCUGAUGUUACCGACUCUAAGGAUACCAGGGAGAGUAAACGAAAGUAUAGAGAGACUAUUUUUGGGGAAGAAGCUAUGAGAAUAGCUCCGACAGAGCCAUACUGCAUACGCCGUCCUAUUCGUAGAGGUCACUUCAAUGUUUCACAGCAUUACCCUGCUCAGCAGGUAUAUGAAGACUUGAUCGCUAUCUGGGACUGGAUUCUGAGAGAUAAAAUGCAUAUAGCUCAAAGUGACAGAAACUUGUAUUCUGCUGUUCUUGUUGUUCCAGGAACAUUUGGCAGUCGCGAAAUAAAGGAAAUGCUAACUAUUGUGUUGCAAGACCUACGCUUUAGUUCGGCUGUGGUUCACCAGGAAGGUCUAGCAGCAGUUUUCGGUAACGGGUUAUCAACAGCUUGCAUCGUGAAUAUGGGUGCUCAGACAACAACAGUUGUUUGCAUUGAGGACGGAGUCUCAUUACCACAUACUGAAAAGAUUCUAUCUUUUGGAGGAGAGGAUAUAUGUAGAUGCCUUUUAUGGAUUCAGAAGCAUUACCAAAGUUGGCCUAAGAUUUGCACUGAUGUUUUGACAAAGCCAAUAGACAUGCUGAUGCUUAACCGACUUAAGGAGUCAUAUUGUGAUAUUAAAGAAGGAGAACUCGAAAUGACUGCAACAGUUCAUUCUUAUGAGGGUGACAUGCCACCCGUGCCUCACAAGACAAAGCUCACCUCUCUUAAUGUCCCACCAAUGGGUCUGUUUUAUCCUAAUCUUUUGGUUCCAGAAGCAUUUCCUCCACCACCAGAGACUUGGUUUCAAGACCACGAGAAUAUGUUGGAGGAAACAUGGAACAUGGACUUCCCAGGUGGUAAUAUGGGUUUAUCUGUAUGGGAUACUUUUACAGUUUCCCCACCGAAUCCCAAGAAAGAAGAAAAGAUUGGUCUUGCCAAAGCCAUUACAAGCAGCAUUCUCUCUGCUGGCCGCAUAGACCUUCAGCGGAAGCUAUUCUCCAGCAUACAACUGGUUGGUGGUGUUGGUUUGACAGCCGGUCUUGUUCCUGCCAUGGAGGAAAGAGUUCUGCAUGCAAUCCCCCCAACCGAAGCCAUUGACACUGUGGAAGUUCUGCAAUCGAGAAUGGACCCGAUAUUUGUAUCAUGGAAAGGAGGAGCGAUCCUGGGGAUCCUGGACUUUGGGAGGGAGGCAUGGAUUCACAGGGAAGACUGGAUACGAAAUGGGAUACAUGUCGGAAGCGGGAGGAAGUACAAGGAUUCGUAUUACCUAAUGGCUCAAGCAAUGUGCUUCAUCAACUCAUAGGCUCUUCGUUACAAACUUUAUGCAUUAUAACUUUCGGAAGGAGCAUCUCAAGAUUGGAGUUCCCGUUACAGUCGCUGCUAACGUCUUGUAGGUCGUAUGCAUGAAGAAGCUUAGUCCCACAUCGGAAAUAAUCCAGGAGAAGAGCAGAGAAGUGUUUGCUUUGUAAAAGGUUACUGGUUAAAGAGGCUGUAUUUCUCUAGUUCUUUUAAUCAACUAUGCUUUCGCUAAUUAGUAAUUAAUGCGCUGUAGAUAUGAUCAUAUGUUAUUCGGUUGGAUAAGGUUUAAGCUGUGUAUUAUGUUGAUAAAUUAAGGGUUUUAUUUUAUUUACA